AUGAUACUGGACUCACUCUUGGCCCUUCCAGAUGCAGACCGCUGCGAAAAGUGUCCAGAAGAUCAGUAUCCAAAUGACCAGACUCAAUGUGUCCCCAAGGUCAUAACUUUCCUGUCCUAUCAAGAACCUUUGGGGAUCAGCCUGGUUUUCUUUGCCCUGCUGUUGGCCAUAACGACAAGUUUUGUGUUAGGAAUCUUCAUUAAAUACCUGGAUACUCCAAUAGCCAAAGCCAACAACCGGGACCUCACCUACAUUCUGCUCAUCUCCCUGCUGCUUUCCUUUCUGUCCUCCCUUCUAUUCAUUGGGCAGCCAACGAAGUUGACCUGCCUCCUCCGACAAACCACCUUCAGCAUCAUCUUCUCGGUGGCCGUCUCUUCUGUGUUGGCCAAAACAGUCACUGUGGUGGUGGCCUUCAUGGCGACUAAGCCAGGAAACAGGAUGAGGAAAUGGCUGGGGAAGAGUUUGGCAAACUCCAUUGUUCUUUCUUGUUCUGUGGUGCAAGUUGGCCUGUGUGUCAUCUGGCUUGGGGUCUCUCCCCCCUUCCCAGACUCUGACAUGCACUCCCAGCCUGGUCAGAUCACUCUGCAAUGCAACGAAGGGUCACUGAUCAUGUUUUAUGGUGCCCUGGGAUACAUGGGCUUCCUGGCUAUCAUCUCCUUCGUGGUGGCUUUCCUGGCCAGGAAGCUGCCUGGAGCCUUUAAUGAAGCCAAGCUGAUCACCUUCAGCAUGCUGGUCUUUUGCAGCGUGUGGGCGUCUUUUGUGCCCACCUACCUGAGCAAAAAGGGGAAAUACAUGGUAGCUGUGCAGAUCUUCUCCAUCUUGGCCUCCAGUGCUGGGUUGCUGGGCUGCAUCUUCAUCCCCAAAUGUUACAUUAUUGUACUGAGACCUGAUCUGAAUACCAAGGAACAUCUAUUGAUGAAGUCUGAGGAUGGCAUCUGA